CUACAUACUUAUACUAUUCUACUACUUAUUACUAGAAUUUUGAAUAAAUGAAGAUUAAUCCCGUUAUUGCAGAAAAAUAUCCCUCCCUCAAACAAUGUGUUGAUCUUUACAAUGACCGAGUGGAGAAAACACACUACUGGGAAAAUUCAGUAGUCUCGAACAUGACGAUCGUUGACGCAAAACCCAACCAGCUUAUCUGGGAGUUCUAUGUAGAGCAGCGCCAUUGCCACAUAUUCGAUAGAGUUCAUGGUGGAUGUGCUGCGACUGUGAUUGAUAUAGCGAGCAGCUUUGCUGUCCUUGUUCAUGAAGGCGAAUUGCAAUGGCGUAGCAUUGGUGUAUCAACCGACCUCUCCGUCUCUUACCUCUCUAGUAUCCCCAAGGGUAUAACGGCUCGAGUUGAAUGCGAUCUCUUACGCUUAGGGAAUAAGUUAGGCAGUGUUGUAGUUCGGGUUUAUGACGAUCAACAAAAAAUGUGCUACAGUGCCCUUCACACCAAAUUUAAUGUAGAUUCUCGACUUUAGACCACAUAAACAAUCGCUACACAUCAU